AUGAGGAAUGACCCUGUCACAAUAAUUGCUAUGCAUAUUGCACCUAAAUGCAAAAAGAUGGAUAUACAUAAGCACACUGAUCCAGACUCAUCUAAUGCAGCUUCUUCCUUGCGUUGUUUUGCUGAAGAAACAGGUUCUGCUUCUUCUGUCAUAGGAAUGGGAAGAACAAAUCUCCCAGGCCCAGAAGCUCAGCUAAGCGAGAUGACGGAGACCUUGAAACUAAGGCGAGAGAUUGGACUGACCAGUGCUGUGUCCUUAAUUGCAGGAACUAUGAUCGGCUCGGGUAUUUUUAUGUCCCCAGAGUGGGUAUUGCGUUACAUAGGUAGCCCUGGAGGUAGUCUCCUUAUCUGGGCGGCCUGUGGCUUACUGGCCACUUUUGGGGCCCUGUCAUAUGCUGAACUGGGAACUGUAAUUAAAGAGUCGGGAGGCGAAUAUAUCUACAUUCUGAGGAAUUUUGGCUCUCUCCCUGCUUUUCUUUUUGCAUUUACGUCCGUCCUUGUGGCAAGACCUGCUGGCGUGGCAGCCGUCUCACUGAGCUUUGCUGAAUAUGCAGUGGCCCCCUUCUAUCCUGGCUGCUCUUCACCUAAGGUGGCUGUCAAAUGCACGGCAGUGGCCUGCAUCGUGCUCUUAGCCUUCGUCAACUGUCUCAGUGUGAGGCUGGCCACCUCUGUGAUGAACUUGUUUACAGCUGCCAAGCUCCUGGCGUUGUUGGUCAUUGUGGCCGGAGGGGUGGCGUUGCUUGCUCAGGGGCAAACACAAAGUUUCCAGAACGCUUUUCUCAACACAAGAAAAGAUGCUGGGGCUAUUGGAAUUGCAUUUUACCAAGGGCUCUGGUCUUUCGAUGGAUGGAACAACCUGAAUUAUGUGACUGAGGAAAUUAAGAAGCCUGAAGUGAACCUGCCAAGGGCAAUGAUGAUUGCUAUUCCUCUGGUUACCUGCUUCUAUUUGUUGGUAAAUGUGAGUUAUUUUGCAGCCAUGGCUCCUGCUGAACUUCUAUCUUCAGGUGCUGUGGCCAUUACCUGGGGGAAUAAGGUCCUGGGGAGCUGGGUGUGGCUGAUGUCCUUGUCGGUGGCACUUUCUUCAUUUGGAUCGGCAAAUGGGACAUUCUUCAGCGGAGGCCGCAUGUGCUAUAUUGCAGCAAGGGAAGGCCAUAUGCCAGACAUUCUAUCUAUGGCUCAUAUAAAACGUCUCACACCUUCCCCUGCGCUCAUAUUUACCUCAGUGGUGUCUAUAAUUAUGGUUAUACCUGGAAGUUUCAGCCAGAUAGUAAACCUUUUCAGUUUUACAGCUUGGCUUUUUUAUGGGAUAACUGUUACUGGUCUCCUGUAUUUAAAGAUUAAGAAACCAGAAUUGCCAAGAUCUUAUAAGGUGCCAAUUAUCAUACCGAUAGUUUUCCUGAUGGCAUCUAUCUACCUUGUCCUGGCACCUAUCAUCGACCAGCCUCAGAUCGAGUUCCUCUAUGUCACUCUAUUCAUUUUAAGUGGCGUCAUCUUCUAUUUCCCCUUGGUUCGCUACAAGUACCACCCUGCAUGCUUACAAAGAUUCACUUUGCAUCUGCAGCUGCUUCUGGAAGUUGCCCCGACUGAAAAGAAUGUGAACUGA